AUGAAGGUGGCACUUGUAUUGGGAUGCCUGGUGGCACUCGCCGUGUUGGCGAGCGCCCGAGACCUGAGGGAGAAGCGCGAUGCAGAUCUUGAGGCGGCGGCCUCCGGGAAACAUGAAAAGGGAGGCGGUCGCGAGCACCACGCCCAUCACCACCACGACCACGGUGGAAAAGGUCACAAGGGCUACAAGGGCCACCAUCAUCACGAACACGGCAAAAAAGGACAUCACCACCACGAAGGUCACAAAGGCCAUCACGAAGGCCACGGAGGCCACGAGAAGCACCAUCACCACGACGACGGCCACCAUCAUGAACACCAUCACGGCGAAAAGGGCGAAAAGGGACACGGUUUCGAAGAAAAAGGACAUUACCACAAGGGUCAUUCGACCAAAGGUCACCAUGGAGUACACAAAGUAGACGAAUUUAAGAAGGAUAAGCACUUCCAUCACAAGCACGGUGAAUCUGGCUACGAAGAAGGACAUGGUGGACAUCAUCACGAGCACGGACACAAGAAGGGCGGUCACUUCCACAAGGGUCACAAGCACGGCGGCCAUCACGAACAUGAACACGGUGAAAAGGGUCACCAUGAGAAGGGUGGACACCAUCACGAUCACAAGGGACACCAUGACGAGGGCGGCCACCACGAGCAUCACCAUCACCAUCAUGACCACGGAAAGAAAGGAGGCCAUGAAGACCACAAACAUUGGGGAUUUAAGAAGGGACAUUAA